AUGUCUGCCGAAGACGAGCGCCAGGCUGCCCUGAACUCCUACCGCACGAAACUCAUGGAGUCGCGAGAAUGGGAGGCAAAGCUCAAGAAUCUGCGCUUAGAGAUCAAGGACAUGCAGCGAGAGUUUGACAAGACCGAGGACAACAUCAAGGCGCUACAGAGUGUGGGACAGAUCAUCGGGGAGGUACUGAAACAGCUUGAUGACGAACGAUUUAUCGUCAAGGCCUCUUCGGGGCCACGAUAUGUUGUCGGAUGCAGAUCAAAGGUCGACAAGCUCAAGCUCAAGCAAGGUACCCGUGUUGCUCUCGACAUGACGACACUCACCAUCAUGCGAAUGCUCCCCCGCGAAGUCGACCCCUUGGUGUACAACAUGUCUCUGGAGGACCCAGGGCAAGUCAGCUUUGCUGGUAUCGGUGGAUUGAACGAUCAGAUUCGAGAGCUUAGAGAAGUCAUUGAGCUCCCCCUCAAGAACCCCGAACUGUUCCUCCGAGUAGGCAUCAAACCUCCCAAGGGUGUCCUGUUGUAUGGCCCUCCUGGAACUGGAAAAACUCUAUUGGCACGAGCAGUUGCCAGCAGUCUAGAGACCAACUUCUUGAAGGUUGUUUCUUCCGCUAUUGUCGAUAAAUACAUUGGAGAAUCUGCAAGACUGAUCCGCGAGAUGUUUGGCUAUGCCAAGGAGCAUGAGCCUUGCAUCAUUUUCAUGGACGAGAUCGAUGCCAUUGGUGGCCGACGUUUCUCUGAGGGCACCAGUGCUGAUCGUGAGAUUCAACGAACACUCAUGGAGUUGCUCAACCAGCUGGAUGGUUUCGACUAUCUGGGCAAGACCAAGAUCAUCAUGGCAACCAACCGACCUGACACAUUGGACCCUGCGCUUCUUCGUGCUGGUCGACUGGACCGAAAGAUUGAGAUUCCUCUGCCCAACGAGGUCGGACGCCUCGAGAUUCUUAAGAUUCACUCACAAAGCGUGGUAAUCGAUGGAGACCUUGAUUUCGAAAGCGUGGUGAAGAUGAGUGACGGGCUCAACGGUGCUGAUUUGCGAAACGUGGUUACUGAAGCCGGUCUAUUUGCUAUCAAGGAUUACCGAGACUCAAUCAAUCAGGACGAUUUCAACAAGGCGGUUCGCAAGGUCGCGGAAUCCAAGAAGUUGGAGGGCAAGCUUGAGUACCAGAAGCUGUAA